AUGGAGGGGCACAACGUCCUCGCCAAGGCCAACUUUCGCGUCAUCUCGGCGGGUACGGGCUCGGCGGUGCGCCUUCCCGGCCCGAGCGUCGACCGCCCAAACAUCUACGCGUUCGGCACGCCCUACGAGCACAUGUACCAGGACCUCAAGCAGAAGGACGAGCGGCUCUACACGGCCAACGGCCUGCUCAACAUGCUCGACCGUAACCGCCGCAUCAAGCAGGCGCCCGAGCGGUGGCAGGAGAGCUCGCAGGUCGCCGACGUCGUCAUCACGUGCGAGGAGAGGUGCUACGACGCCGUCAUCGACGAUCUUCUCACCAAGGGCGGCGAGCUGAACCGGCCCGUGCACGUCAUCAACGUCGAGAUCAAGGACAACCACGAGGAGGCCCUCAUCGCCGGCAAGGCGUUGCUCGACCUCUGCUCGGCGAUCGAGGCGUCCAGAGACCUCGACAGCGAGAUUGACGACAUCCUCGCGCGGCAGCAGGAGCAGCAUCCGCACCAGCUUCUCCACACCGUCAUGUUUUACUAG